AUGCGCCGACCUUGGCGCCUUUCGCCGCGAGGCGUGCCGUGGGGCGUGGGGAGGGCGCUGUUAGCGGCGGCAUGGGUGGCGGGAUGGUUGGGUCUGUCCGCGUGGGUGGUGUGGUUCGCGCACACGCAGGCCGCCAAUCCGCGGGAGGAGGCGAUGCGCGGGUGGUGCCGCUUGCGCGUGCGCUACUUCUACCAGCGCCUUCUCUCGUCCGUAUCGCGCGUGCAGGAGAUGUCGGCGCUGGUGCGCGUGUUCAACGGGUAUGGCCCACGCAGCACCACCAACCUGACCUACUGGGGGCUGGCAGGGUGUGCGGACAACCGCAGCAUGGAGCUGUACAAUGCCGCCACGCUGGGCAUGUCGGACCUCACCACCGGCACGCUUGUCAUGCUCGUGGAGGACGCUGACAGGCCUGUAGUGGAGCGCAUCACAGGGCGCCCCAUCGUGACGCUGCUGGGCCUGCCGUCCCCGCGCAAGCCACUGUACAUAGUGAACGUGCUGGGCGGCAUCGACCCUGCCGACCCCAUCCUGCCCUUCACCGACUUCUCUGCCAGCGUGUACCCAGCCGUCCUCUCCUCCUUGCUCCAGGGUACCGCUGCCACCUCCCCGCCUGUUUACCUCGGCAGACAUCGUGUGGGCACCGUGAUAGUGGUGCCCAUCCGGCGCCAUCCCGUGACGCCAGGCGCGACAGCAGCGGAGCAGAGGGAGAGUGUGAGCACGGUGUGGGCGGGAUUCUACUUCCUCGAGGAGGAAAUGAAGAACCUCCUUGCUCUGCUUCAUAACGGCACAGCCUCCCCUUAUUCAUUGGCCUUGUACGACACAACCGACCCAGGGCAGCCCAUUCAGGUGCUCGGCCCGGAGCCGCAGCUCUUUGAGAACGGGUCUUUCUACCCCUACGUGCUGCCUGGGCCUGUCAUUCCCCAACCCAAGCAUGUCGAGCCUUUUCCCGAGGACCUGUUGGGCCGCAAGUACGAGGCGCACUGCAGGUUUGAGGGCGAGUACCCCAAGUGGGAGCUCGUGUAUGCCCCCAUGCUGCUGGGCUUGCUUGUGCUGCUCGUGGCCGUGCUGCUGUCUGCAGUCAUUGCGGUGCUGGCGUGGAAGCAAAGGGAGAUGGCAGAGGCGGUGAGGGAGAUGCAGCUGUGCACAGUGGCGCUGGAGAGAGCCGAGCACUCCAAGAGUGAGACGGUGGCCAACACCUCGCAUGAGCUGCGCACCCCCAUCAUCGGCAUGAUAGGCAUGAUAGAGGAGCUGCUGGAGUCGCGACUGGAGGAGUGGCAGGUGGCAGACCUGCGGGUGGCGAGGGCGUGUGCGGGCGAGACAGUGGAGCUCAUCAACCGAGUGCUGGACCUUGCCAAGCUGCAGGCCGGCCGGCUGCAGCUCGAGACCCUCCCGUGCUGCCUGCGCCGUAUCGUUCGCGAGGCGACCGCACUCACUGCCUCCGAUGCGCUCACAAAGGAGUUGCACGUGACAUGCCACGUGGACAAGAGUGUGCCAGCUGUCCUCAUGGGAGAUCCGACUCGCCUCUUGCAAGUCGUGGGAGAGCUCAUGGCCCACGCCAUUGGCAACACCACACGGGGCCACAUAACCUUCCAUGUUGGCUGCAUCCCUCCCUCGCCUCCCCUCCCCGCUUCCGUCAACUGCUUCGAUCUGCCCGGGCCAUCCAACGCCUUGCCUGCCACUCACCCUCCCUCAAGUCCCGGGGCCUCCUCCACGUGGCAGCAGCUGGCUGCCUGUGUGCGCCGCUUCCCUCCUCCCACCGCCCUCGCAUGCCUCCCUCGGAUCCAAGCGGGAAGGCCGGGCGGCGGGGCCAACAGCAGAGGGGGCGAGGAGCAACGGCAGAUGGGGUGGGUUGAGCGCUGCUGCAGGAGUGUGGCAGCGGCUAUAGGCAUGGGCGCAGUAGGCACGGGAGAGUACGAAGGAUCAGGUGGGAGGGGAGGAGAGGAGGCACAGGGUGGGGCUGGGAGGUUGGAGGAGGAGGUGAGGGAAUGGGUGGAGGGGGCGUGCAGGGCGAGGGAGGAGGGGGAGUGGAUGGUGGUGGUGGCAUGUGAGGACACAGGUGGUGGUAUACCACCAGAGGAGAUGCGAUGGGUGCUGGAUCCACACGGGGAUUCUCACCAUGCCGCUCACACCUCUCAUGCACCUUCUGCAGAUGCUGCUGCUGAUGGUGAUGGUGAUGGUGAUGGUGACGAUCAGAAUGGCCAAGGUGUCAAGGGCUCUUUCUUUCCCUUCCCUCUUAUGCGCCGAGCCAGCAGGCCAGCAUCCACGGCUGCUCUCACGCACGAGCAGAAGGCAGCUGCUCGCCCCCGCUGGACGCCCUACCCUGUUCGCUUCCUGCUCUCCACCGCCCUUGUGGCUGAGAUGCGGGGAGACAUGGCAGUGCUGUCAGACGCCGCCACAGGCACCACCAUUCUGCUGGCGCUGCCCUUGGGGGGAGGGGAGGACGCUGACAGCUGCGGGGACGGGAAGUGCGAUGAGGAGGGUGGUGGGGAAAGGGAUGGGCGUGGGUCGGGAUGUGAAGGGGAGUGUGUGGAAUUGGCGAGUGGCACAAAGUCAGGCAUGCCGCAGCAGGCAUCUGUACAGCAGCAGGAACCCAAGCAACAGCAACAGGAACAGCAACAGGAACAGCAGCAGCAGCAGCGGGCAUCACGAACUCACUCUCACCUCAAGCCGCAGGCCAGCAUAUCCGAUGCCUUAAAGGAUGCAGGAGAGGCCAAGGGGGAGUUGCCAGCGGUGGCGGCAGUGGCAGCAGGGAAAGGGGAGGAGACGAUACCAGCGGUGGUGAAGGCGGGGCGGCGACCAGCACGGUCGCAUUCGCUCCCCAAGCCUCAUUCCCACACGGAGGGCAUGGGAGACGUGGAAGGGCCGCUCCCAGCAUUGGCGUCGGGGCGGCGGACAACGCGGGCGCACUCUCUCCCCAGACUGCAUGCCCAGAUGGAGGGAGCGGAGGAGGCGGAGGUGCUGGUGCGAGCAGUGGUGGCGGGGCAGUCGGUGGCGGUGGUGGAUGACAACGCGGUGAACCGCAUGGUGGCACGCAGAACGCUGCAGGGCUACGGGGCGCACGUGCUGCUGCUGUGCUCCGGGGAGGAUGCGCUGCAAGCGCUCUCCUCUGCCACGCCCUCCUCCGCGCCCAUCCACCUGCUGCUCCUCGACCUCCACAUGCCGCCCGGCAUCGACGGAUUCGAGACGGCAUGUCGAAUCCGUGCCAUGGAGCGCACACAAGACGCACAGCAGGAGGUAGGGGCACACCAGGAGGCAGAGGCACAGCCGGCUGCCAGUGAUGCUGCCAAUGCGGCAACACCAAUAGGUGCAGCUGAUCUGAAUACGGAAGCAAGUGCAGCAGGCGUGCGCCUUUGUAUCAUAGCACUGACAGCUGACUUGGAUGUGGGAGUGAAGCGAGCAUGCUUGGAGGCAGGGAUGGAUGGAGCAGUGAGGAAGCCAAUCGUGGCACAGGAACUCCUUGCAGCACUCAUCGCUGCAGGGUUUGGAGAAACCCACAAACCACUUUGA